UUUUUCAAAGGAGUAUGCACCAACAAAACAGCAACUACUACUACGACUAGAACAACAACGACAACAACUACAACAGCUACAACAACAACUACAACAGCUACAACAACAACUACAACAGCUACAACAACAACUACAACUACAACAACAACAACAACAGCAACAGCAGCUACAACAACAGCUACAACAACAACUACAUCACCAAAUCCAUGUAGUACGGGCGCGUUAAGUUGGAAUACAUCAGCUACAACUAUAGUUAAUUCAUCACAAAUAUCAGCACCUAGUGGCAUAUAUUUUAAUUCAAAUAAUACAUUGUUUAUAGUAGAUGAAUAUCCUAAUGCUGUUGUAUGGCAACUAUUAAGUAAUGCCGUAAAUGUUACUAAUGUAGCUGGAGUAUAUAUGUCAAGUGGUCCUAGUUCUGAUCGAUUCAAUUAUCCUCAAGAUGUUUAUGUUGAUGCAAGUGGAAAUAUAUAUAUAUCUGAUUUUUAUAAUUAUCGAAUACAAAAAUUUACUAGUGGAUCAUCAACUGGUACAACAAUUGCUGGUAUAACUGGACAAGCUGGAUCUGCGUUCUCACAAUUUAAUGGUCUUCGAUAUUUUACUUUUGAUUCAACUGAUACAUAUAUAUAUGUUACUGAUUACUAUAAUCAUCGUGUUAUGCGUUAUUCAACAAGUUCAACAUCAGGUACUAAUGGAGUUCUUAUGGCCGGUAAUAAUGGAGCUGGUAAUUCAAAUACAACAUUAUAUUGCCCAUGGGGUAUUCAUUAUUUGCUAUCUGUAAACAAUGAUUUAUUUAUAACAAAUUAUUAUGGGCAUUCAGUGAUACGUUGGACGCCUGGUGCAUCAUCAGGCUAUUUUGUAGCUGGAGUACCAGGUGUAUCAGGUCAAACUUCUAUGUUACUUAGCUAUCCAAUGGGUAUUAAAAUUGAUACUUAUCUAAAUAUAUACGUUGUUGAUAAUAACAAUCAUCGAAUACAAAUGUUUUGUGCUAAUAGUCAAUCUGGAAUUACUAUCGCAGGCACAGGUAUAGCUGGUAAUACUGCUACACAAUUGAUGUCACCAAGAGGUAUUGCAUUUGAUUCAGCAAUGAAUCUUUAUGUUGCUGAUACAGGCAAUGCUCGCAUUCAAAAAUUUCUAAAGCUUUAA